UUUCCCGCGAAACUCAGCCGCGGGAGCGUGGAGCUGCUUGUUUCUGCUGGUGUGCGUGGUGCGGUCAAGGAGCGGGGCCGUCAUGUCGGGCUUCGACGAUCCUGGCGUCUUCUACAGCGACAGCUUCGGGGGGGACCCCGGCGCCGACGAAGGGCAGGCCCGCAAGUCGCAGCUGCAGAAGCGCUUCAAGGAGUUCCUGCGGCAGUACCGAGUGGGCACCGACCGCACGGGCUUCACCUUCAAGUACAGAGAUGAACUCAAGAGGCAUUACAACCUGGGGGAGUAUUGGAUUGAGGUGGAGAUGGAGGACCUGGCCAGCUUCGAUGAGGAUCUGGCUGACUACUUGUACAAGCAGCCAGCCGAGCACCUGCAGCUGCUGGAGGAAGCUGCUAAGGAGGUAGCUGAUGAGGUGACCCGGCCCCGGCCCACUGGCGAGGAGGCACUCCAGGACAUCCAGGUCAUGCUCAAGUCAGAUGCCAGCCCAUCCAGCAUUCGAAGCCUGAAAUCAGACAUGAUGUCACACCUGGUGAAGAUUCCUGGCAUCAUCAUUGCAGCCUCCGCCGUCCGCGCAAAGGCCACUCGCAUCUCCAUCCAGUGCCGCAGCUGCCGCAACACCCUCACCAACAUUGCCAUGCGCCCUGGCCUGGAGGGCUAUGCCCUGCCCAGGAAGUGCAACACGGAUCAGGCUGGGCGCCCCAAGUGCCCAUUGGACCCAUACUUCAUCAUGCCCGACAAGUGCAAGUGUGUGGACUUCCAGACCCUAAAGCUGCAGGAGCUGCCUGAUGCUGUGCCCCACGGCGAGAUGCCCAGACACAUGCAGCUCUACUGUGACAGGUACCUGUGUGACAAAGUUGUUCCCGGGAAUAGGGUCACCAUCAUGGGCAUCUACUCCAUCAAGAAGUUUGGCCUGAAAUCCAGUAGGGGUCGUGACAGGGUGGGUGUGGGCAUCCGGAGCUCCUACAUCCGUGUCUUGGGCAUCCAGGUGGACACAGAUGGCUCUGGCCGCAGCUUUGCGGGAACUGUGAGCCCGCAGGAGGAGGAGGAGUUCCGUCGCCUGGCUGCCCUCCCCAAUGUAUACGAGGUCAUCUCCAAGAGCAUUGCCCCCUCUAUCUUUGGGGGCAUGGACAUGAAGAAGGCCAUUGCCUGCCUGCUCUUUGGAGGCUCCCGAAAGAGGCUCCCUGAUGGACUCACUCGCCGUGGGGACAUCAACUUGCUGAUGCUGGGGGACCCUGGGACAGCUAAGUCGCAGCUUUUGAAGUUUGUGGAGAAGUGCUCUCCCAUUGGAGUGUACACAUCUGGGAAAGGUAGCAGUGCUGCUGGCCUGACCGCCUCGGUAAUGAGAGACCCCUCAUCCCGGAACUUCAUCAUGGAGGGAGGCGCCAUGGUCCUGGCUGAUGGUGGGGUCGUCUGUAUCGAUGAGUUUGACAAGAUGCGAGAAGAUGACCGUGUAGCCAUCCACGAAGCCAUGGAACAGCAGACCAUCUCUAUAGCCAAGGCUGGGAUCACCACCACCCUGAAUUCACGUUGCUCUGUCUUGGCUGCUGCCAACUCAGUGUUUGGCCGCUGGGAUGAGACGAAGGGGGAGGACAACAUUGAUUUCAUGCCGACCAUCUUGUCCCGCUUCGACAUGAUCUUCAUUGUCAAGGAUGAGCACAAUGAGGAGAGGGAUGUGAUGCUGGCCAAACAUGUGAUCACUCUGCAUGUGAGUGCUCUGACACAGACCCAGGCUGUGGAAGGCGAGAUCGACCUGGCCAAGCUGAAGAAGUUCAUCGCCUACUGCCGAGCGAGGUGUGGCCCCCGGCUGUCGGCGGAAGCUGCAGAGAAGCUGAAGAACCGUUACAUCAUCAUGCGGAGCGGGGCCCGUCAGCAUGAGAGGGACAGCGACCGCCGCUCCAGCAUCCCCAUCACUGUGCGGCAAUUAGAGGCCAUAGUGCGCAUCUCUGAGGCCCUGAGCAAGAUGAAGCUGCAGCCCUUUGCCACCGAGGCAGACGUGGAGGAGGCCCUGAGGCUUUUCCAGGUGUCCACGUUAGAUGCUGCUUUAUCUGGUACCCUGUCAGGAGUGGAGGGCUUCACCAGCCAAGAGGACCAGGAGAUGCUAAGCCGCAUUGAGAAGCAGCUCAAGCGCCGCUUCGCCAUUGGCUCUCAAGUGUCGGAGCACAGCAUCAUUCAGGACUUCACCAAGCAGAAGUACCCGGAGCACGCCAUCUACAAGGUGCUGCAGCUCAUGCUGCGCCGCGGGGAGGUCCAGCACCGCAUGCAGCGCAAAGUGCUCUACCGCCUCAAGUGAGCUCCCGUCCCUCCUCCGGCCGGAGUGUCCCCGCACCCACUGCCUCCCCACCUCCACUGCUUCCCUGCUGCUGCCGUCCUCCAUCUUCACUGCGCUCUGCCCUGGAGGGCCAGCCAGCAGGUCCUGCCCUGUCCCGAGACACUGCCCACUCCCCCGCUGCAUCUUGAGAAAUGGGCUUUGGGCGGAUUGCUGUUGUGGCGUGGUGUGUUCAGACCCCUGGGUGCCCUGCCUUUGGAGGCCUGUCCCCGUGCUGCCCUUGGCAGGGGGGGCUAGGGGCAAGACCAGGCUCUGUAGCGCACAGACUGACUUUUCGGAUGGACCACCACAGAGGUGGGUUUCUGUGCAAAGUGUUUGAUUGACCUAUUGUUCAGUUUCUUCAUGUUUCAGAGGAGAAAUAAAGUUUUCGAGUCCCUGCUA